AUGCGCAGCGAAAAGGUUCUUCUUGCUGCUAUCCGUCUCAACUCACAGGAUAUUCUGAAUCAAGCCAUUGCUUUGGGCGCCGUUGCUAUAAAAUGCCUGCUCCGUGACGAUCCAAAUCGGGGCGUCGUCGUCAGCUGCUUUGCCCGAGCACUGAAGUGCAGGUGGAAUGUCACUAAAGAGGAUCAGCAUCUUGAUGAUGCUAUCUAUUACUACCGGAAAGCCGUUGAGGUCGAGCCUAUUGAUGAUAAGAGCCGCGCACUGCACCUCGAUGAUUUAGGGUGUGCAUUGUGGCAGAGGUUCUCGAAAACCCACACAAGAGCGGAUUUUGAAGAGGGCAGAAGCGUUCUUGAGAAGGCCAUCUCUUUACCCGAUGUUGCAAAACCUGCGUACCUGUCGCAUCUUGGUCGCCUUUUGAAAGACCAGGCCGUCCGUUUGGAAGAAGGGAAAAAUGCAGCCCUGGACGUUUCCCUUGAGAUCCACUUGCAAGCGAUCUCAAGCAUAACGAAAGACUUUCGUGGUCCUCCACAAUUUCUCCAUCAAAAUCUUGCUCAGGCCUACUUUGAGCGAUACGCUGUCAGCGAGUCUCCGCGUUCCACAGACAGUCUAAAAGAAUUUGUGAUGGAGAAAGUCAAUGGAUCAGGCCAUCGUUGGAUGUUCCUUUAUGAGCUCGCCGUCUUGCAUCGUCCUGUUUUCAUAAGCACCGGUCACCAAAGCGAAGCAGACAAGAUGGUUGAUCUCCUUCAUUCUGCGUUAGUGGACAGUCCAGGCAACGUCAAUAUCAUGAUCGCUUUGGCAGAUAUUCUUGAACAGAAGGGAAUAUCUCUCGCCUCCCAGUCAAUCCUAACUGAGGCCUUGCAUUUUGCUGAAGAGUCCAUCAAAGCUACUUCCGAAUAUGACCAAAAUAUGCCAUUGCGGCUCCGCUCGGCUGCUACCAUUUUGGCUCACCGAUUCGACCUUGGUAGUGACUUACAGGACAUCGAGCGAGCUGUUUCCUUAGGAGAGCAGGGUCUUCAGUCAUCGUGUCUCCGUAAAACCGAUCGCUGGAAGGUCCUUGCGGUUCUGGCACCCCAUCUGCUUUGUCGCUUCAACUCAACUGAGAGCCUCGCGGACUUGCAGCGUGCCCACUCGCUUUUGCAAGAGGCAUUGAUGACGCCUGACCUACCCGACGAUGCGAAGUCGGAUUGUCUACGAGAACAUGGCAAACUUCUGUUCAAUAAGUACAAGCUUGACAAAAACCCGGAUAAUAUCGAGGGGUCAAUUCAAUCGUUGUCAAACUCUAUUGCCCUCGCUGACAGCCAGAGUAUAUCUGUCGCAAGUGCAUACAACGAUUUGGGGAAUGCGUAUUCUCUUAAAUUCGAAAUGAAUGGAAAGAGUGACGAUUCUAGGAAGUCCAUCGAGGCUUUUCUCAAAGCAAUCGCAUGCGUUGACCGUUAUCCCAUCAUUUCUGUGCAAAGGCCUAUGUAUCUUCACAACCUGGCGAACUCUUUUUUCGUUCACCACGAAAGGGGAAAUGAAGUCCUUGAUCUGGACCACGCCAUCUCUUAUUAUCAGGAAGCUCUUGAUGCUACUGCCGACCUCUCUCCGCAGGCUUCGAAUCGUACAGGUGCUUUGAUGAACCUCGACGCUUUUGAGGCAAUAUCUAGUCUGACCCUUGCAGUGGGGCUCAUGUCAGAGGCUAUUAUGAUGGGAUCGAACCGGGCCGACCAGUUGCGAGCAGCGAAGCGGAUGGCUUGGCUUCCAGGACAUAUCAUUGCGUUUGGAUUGGCUGCGGGAAACACACCUGGUGAUAUCGUCCAACUAUUUGAGCGAGGACGGAGCUUUAUUUGGAAUCGUUUAGUCGACCAAAAGACGGAGAUCAGUGAUCUUUGGGAAGCACAUCAGGACCUAGCAAACACCUUCGAGGCCCUGAGAGAGCAACUUACACGGACAAGAGCACAGUCCCAACACGACGUUGCCGUUGAAUACAAUUCGAUUCUUAAGCUCAUUCGACAACAAGAGGGUUUCGAAAACUUCUUACUUCUCCCAGCAAGAGUGUCGCGACUACAAGACUACGCCUCGUUUGGCCCUAUUGUUGUCCUUAAUGUGACAAGCUACCGCAGUGAUGCUAUCAUUAUCAAGUCUGAAGGUGUUAUUCAUGUUCCUUUGCCACUCUUUACUAUGCGGGACUACCUUUGGAAAGGCAUAGAAUUACAGAAUGCCCUGAAUGAUGAGGAUGUGGAAGCCGGAUCAACCUUGUUCCAUUCCGUGUUGACAUGGCUUUGGGAGGUGGCAGCACAUCCCGUUCUAGAAGAAUUGGAAUUUGUGGGUUCGUGCCAGCCGGGUGAGAGUUUGCCUCGCGUGUGGUGGGUUGCAAACGAGCGAAUCGCUUCUUUGCCUAUCCACGCUGCUGGUGAUCACAAAAGAGCUUUGAAAACGGGUGCUUCUUGCAGCGUCAUUGACAGGGCGGUCUCGUCUUACAUUCCAACCCUCAGAUUUCUGGCACUUUCAAGAGAGCGUGCAGCAUUUUUGCAUUCUGAGCAACACAACGAAGCUCCUGGGACCGCCCUGCUUGUGCAGAUGCCAACCACGCCUAACGACAAAGAUCUUGUCAAUGUCUCUAUAGAAGUCGAGGCGGUGGAGAGUAUCCUCAGUUCCGGGCUGCAGAUCACGAACAUGGACAGGCCGAAGAGGUCGAGCCUUCUUCCAUCCUUAAGUUCCUGUACUAUGGCGCAUUUUGCAUGUCACGGCGUCGCACAUCCAGAAGAUCCUUCUCUCAGCCAAAUUAAGCUCCAGGAUUGGCUCUAUUCGCCGUUUGAUGUACGGUUUCUGCUUAAAACGCCGAUGCCAAAGUGUCAAUUCGUUUACCUCUCCGCCUGCGAAACUGCACUCAACAGAGUCACUGGUCUCCGAGAAGAAGCGAUUCAUCUAUCCUCUGCGUUUCAGAUGGCAGGUGUCCCUUAUUCUGUUGGAACUUCAUGGAAAAUCGACGACAGCUUCUCUGUGGACAUUGCAGAAGAAUUCUACUCUAAUUUGGUUCAAAGGUGUGAUGGAAAGUUGGACUUUUCAAGGUCGAGCUAUGCAUUGCACGAUGUAGUCAUGAAAGCUAGAGGAAGAGGGGUCGACGCAAUGCUGUGGGCUGCAUACAUACACUCCGGCGCUUAAUGGUCAU